AUGUCCGAAAUUACUCCUAGUGCGAUGCGACAGGAGUGUCUGGACAAUGAAUCUAUCGAGGCUGAUGAUAUCCGUGUAAGGGAUCCAUUGGUCCCGUCAGUUGGGGUUUUUGACAGCGACAGUUUUAGCGAGUUUAUUAUUAUCAAUGUCCCGUCAGUUUGGGGGGGUUACAGUAAGGCUGUCAGCCUGUCAGACAGAUUCUGUUCGGGUAUCGGUAUUGCAUUCAGGGUUCAGUUCAGGCACAGCCAAGAUACACACCGUUCAGGGAUGUAUAUUUGGGUCAAAACUACCCAACAUGAACAUGAAUCAACCCAACAGUGA